UCCUCCAUUCCCGACAACCGCCUUGGACUCUCCCCUUCGGACGUCGCGACGCUUCGCCAACACCAACAACUCGCGCACGCGCAGGCGAGGAGUCCCGCGGGGAGUCAGGCGAGCAGUCAGGGGAGACUGCUUUUGGAUCCGGGGAGCUUGGGGUUGUUGGCGAGGCAUUUUGAUGCGGUAAUGAGGGCGAUUCAAGGGAGGUUGGAGCAGCUCAACACCGCCACCGAACGUGCAACGACCGCACAAUACGACCGAGCCGGCAAUGCGAUCCAAAUGGCCGACGCAGAGAUUGCUCGAUUUCGAGCGAUUUUGAAGAAUAUUGAUGAGUUGGAAUUGGAGUUUGAGAAGAUCAAGAGGAUCAGGGAUAUCGUGAGAGGGUUCAGAGCGAGGGUAGAGGGUUUGGGGAGGAGGAUG